GGGGUUUCCGAUCCUACCGCUUGAGAGGAGCAUGUGACUGACUGGAACACUCAACUAUAAAGAACACGAGGCAAUAAAACGUCACAAAUUUGAAACAUUCACAGUUUGGGCGCCCAUCACUCAGCAGCAGACAUGGAUUGCGGAAUUCUAACAUCUAAAACUGUUCUUUUAUUUCUCAGUUUAAUAUUCUGGGCUGCUGGAGCGGCCCUCGCGUAUGUUGGCUCUUAUGUGAUAAAGAGCUACAACAGCUUUGAAGAGUUUGUGUCUGAUAAGUACUCCGUCAUCCCAGCAGCCAUUAUAAUCUGUGUGGCUGUGGUCAUGUUUGUCAUCGGGAUCGUUGGCUGCUGUGCAACUCUGAGGGAGUCCAAAGUUGGUUUAGGCUUUUUUCUCAUCAUCAUCAUGAUCAUCUUCGCAGCUGAGGUGACCGCUUUUGUGUUUGGCUUCAUCUACAGGGGAAGAAUUAAGGGCGACCUAGAAAAGUCAAUGAGCAGUGUCUUUCAAAUGUAUGACGGUGUGAACACUGAAACCCAUGCAGUUGAUUACUUGCAGUCUCAAUUGGAGUGCUGUGGGGUGAAUAAUAUCACGGACUGGACUGCAUUACCGUGGUAUGUCCAACAUAACAACUCUGUGCCACUUUCCUGCUGCAAGGCGAAUGAAACACAAUGCACAGGCCAACUCACCCGACUAGAUCUUCUGAACACACAGGGAUGUGAAGCUAAACUGGAGCAGAUGCUUCAGGAUGUGCUUAGUUAUGCAAUGUUGGUCAUCCUGGGAUUCGCCAUCAUUAAGCUGUUUGGGAUGCUCAGCAUCUGUGUCAUUACCUGCAGAAGCAAACAGAAUGACUAUCAGCCUCUGUACGCGUGAUAGUAAAAUCUCCCGAAUCCCUCUCUUGGGACAGUCUCUACAUUCUUGAUACUGUGCAGCUAAACACAGCCUCAUUGGCACAAUAAACAUCACUGGUUUGAAGUUGUGGCAGUAUUCCAAACAUUUAGUUAAAAAAAACAAAAACAAUAAUAAUCUUAAUGCCUUUUGGUUUGAAUUUGAAAGUGCAACUUGAGCAAUGCUGACAGGAGCAACAUUGGUUUGUGUUCAGAAAAACAUUAUCAGAGAGGCGUCUGAAAACCACGUGACAUUCUUUAGUUAGUUGACUAUUAACAUUUUCCUGCCAAACAGGUUUAUGCUAGCUCUUGACAAAUACUGGAUGUCUACGUCUCCCACAAAAGUACUAGGAUGUGUUCUAUAGUAGUGCUUCACCAAAUGCGUUUAAAGUGUAGAUCAAACUUUAGAGUUGAUGGAUGCACUUCAUUUUUAAGGAUUUUAUGUUUCUGUGGGCUGUAGUUUCUACAUUACAUUCAGUGUUUGUUUUUAUUUUUUGUGCCGCUGCUACUGUCCAAAUGAUAUCAGUUGUCUGUUUACAUGCACUGUUUUUUUUUCUGCUGUUCAAAUUAUAUCUGUCUUAUAGUUGUCUAAUGUUUAUUAUAUUCGUUAAAAUGACUUAACACAACGGAAGGAUAUUAAAUUAUGAAAAUAAA